AUGGCGGCCAUUGCACCUCCACCAUCACCUCUGGGUAAAGGCAAACCCAAUUUCACCUUGCCCAUGCCACCUCCUCUUCUCCACACUCGUUCCGCUAAUGACAUCUACGAGCCACCGCACACGCCAACCAGCGCCGGGUUCACAUCUCCGCAUGCCACCCCUCAAGGCAGUCCGAGCAAGAAUAAGCUUCCUCCAGGGGCCAAUGAACUUCCAGAUGUUUUCGAAAAUGCCUUGAAGCUUGGCCCAAGCAGCCCUAACAAGGUUGGAAGGCAGCAAUUGAGUCCGCACUCACCGAAUAAAGGCGCCAGGCAAGGCUUCGAAGAGAUAUUUGACGAAAGCCUUCGAUCUGAUCCCAUUAAUCCUAAUGUCUCUUGUGGCUAA